ACAGCAUUAAGGAAACCAGGGGUUGCAUGCUGUCAUCUCCGUUUGCUUCGGGUUUCAUCAUAAAUAAAGUAGAAGAAACCAAAGCAAUAUCUCCUUCUUCUGCUGUUUGACUCUAUUUUUUAUUCUUUAUUUCUUUUUCUUUGUCGUUUAAUAUAUUAUUUCACCUCCUGUUUAGAGAACUCCUCCAGGCAUCCAGGACAUGAAGAACAUCUGUUUCUGUCUCCGAGGUUCUUGGGUUGUUCUGCCUUGAAUAUAUAGUGUUAAUUUUGUGGUAUUUCUGAAUCAAGAAAUUCAAGCAGAAAAGGGGAAGAUAUGAAGAUAGAUGAGGAUCUUGGUUUAGAUCGAGAAGAUGCAUUCCAAACAGACGAUGAAGAAAAUCAAGCUGAAAGGGUAUGUAGUAACGUUGAGGAUGACACAGAAUCUGAUUUCACCUUCCCAUCACGAAAUUCCUCCAGUAAUUGCCUUGAAGUAAACAAUUCAUCAUGGCCACAAAGUUACAGGGAAUCAAUGGAUAUGCUCAAAGGUGUUAUGCCUCCAUCCAUUAGUUUCCUAAAGGGAACUAGUGCAACAGGAUUAAUAGGCAGUUCAUCAUUUUGCAUAUAUCAAAGCAACGAUGAUGAGUCUUCCCUCGGUAAUUCACUCAUUUCUGAAAGAAAUUUAGAUGAAGUGCCUACCUCUACUCUCCCUGCUUCGCAGGAAAGAAUAUCUGUCAAUGGAUCAACAGCAUCACAGAAGCAGUGUUCAUUUACCCAAGCACUUGUUAAUGGAAUCAAUGUUCUGUCCGGCAUAGGACUCCUUACAACUCCUUAUGCAGUCAAAGAAGGAGGGUGGUUGAGCCUCACACUACUCAUGAUAUUUGGUUUCAUUGCCUGUUAUACUGGGAUUUUAUUAAAGAGAUGUUUAGAAAGCUCUCCUGGUCUACAAACUUAUCCUGAUAUUGGACAGGCUGCUUUUGGGGUCGCUGGUCGCCUAAUGAUAGCUGUGCUUUUGUAUGCAGAACUAUAUGCUGCGUGUGUGGAGUACGUAAUAAUGAUGAGCGAUAACCUGUCGAUUAUUUUCCCAAACACCAGCCUCCAUUUUGCUGGAAUGUAUCUUGACGCUCAUCAAAUAUUUGCUAUCAUAGGAACUCUCAUUGUUCUCCCAACUGUUUGGCUCCGAGACCUCAGUUUGCUCUCAUACCUUUCAGUUGGUGGAGUUGGAGCAUCACUUUUAGUGGUGCUUUGCUUGUUAUGGGUUGGGGCAUUUGAUCAAGUCGGGUUUCAUCGAGGCGGAACUGUUCUGGGUCUUGCAAACCUACCCAUUUCAGUUGGCAUAUAUAGUUUUUGCUACGCUGGCCAUUCAGUUUUUCCAAAUAUAUAUUCUUCCAUGAAAGAGCCGUCACUUUUUCCACUUGUUCUUAUAGCCAGCUUUAUAUUUUGUUGGUUCGUGUGCACAGGGGCAGCAAUCUCCGGUUUUAUGAUAUUUGGUGACUCAGUUGAAGCACAGUUUACUUUAAACAUGCCCAUAAAAUUUGCUGCUUCUAAAAUCGCAGUCUGGACAGUGGUUAUUAUAACAAUAUCCAAGUAUGCCUUGACGCUCACUCCCAUCGCAUUGAGUCUAGAAGAACUUGCACCUUCGACAUGGUUCAGAUCCUAUGGUGUUUCAAUACUCAUCAGAACAGCUCUAGUGAUUUCAACUUUAGUUGUUGCCAUGACAUUUCCCUUCUUCGCUUUUCUGAUGGCAUUGGCAGGAUCUUUGCUUGCAAUGCUAAUUGCUAUUAUCUUCCCAUGUGCCUGUUAUCUCAGCAUACUUCACGAUAGAUUAACUAAGUUACAAAUAGCAGUCUGCAUUUGCAUUGCUAUUCUAGGAUUGGUGAUUGCUUGUGUUGGCACAUAUUCUUCAAUUAUAAAAAUAGCUGGCCAACUUGAUUGAUCAAAGGGUUUCCAUUGAGAUCCUUUGCCUUCCGCCUUUAUUUAGAUGAUCGAGAUAAAUCAUGAGUAACUUCCCUCCAUAGUGACUAGCACCUACAUUUCCAUUAGCUUAUAGCAUCAGACAUGACCAGGGUGAAGAGUCUUUUAUACAUGUUCCACAGUCUUUAAGACAAAAAUUGUAUACAAUUUCUUAUGUAUUGUUGGGCAUCUUUAAUUAAUCAUUCAUGUGUCAGCUCAUAAGUAGCAGCUGCUUGAAUAUUUGGGUCCAUGCCACUGCUUGCCAGGUCUUCCAAGUUCCAACUUCUUUUUGGGAGCCCUUGUAUUUGCUAAUUGAGAACUUGCCAGGUCUUUGUCAAUGGAGCAUGCAUAUGCGUCAUAAAAUUCUUUCCUCAAGAAGUUGAUAUCAACAAAUAUCCUGUCUAUUGUGUUACAGCAUGUUGUAUUUGUUAAAUCAGAAACUGAUGGCUCAUUAUUCAGAACACCAUGUUACAUGAAGAAAUAGUUAUUUCUCGAAGACUGAUCGAAGAGAUGACUUGGAAGUUUAUUUCCUGAAGUUCGAAAAAAAAAAUAGAAGUAAGACAAAAUAGGGAUUUAAAUCAUCUAAUUCAGCCACAUAGGAAUCUAUUAAAGCAUUAUCAAAUGCAUGAGAACAUUAAAGUAGCUAAAUUGUUCAAAAUUCUACAAUAUACUCACCAAAUUCCUCAACAGCCGUUUUUUCAUUUUGAUAGUUCCUUAGAGGGAGAGAGGAUUCAAAAGGACAAGGCUGCCUUUCAGAUCUUUUUCUUGCUUAAUGGUGGGGGUACAUUUUCCAUUUUCUUUAUGUCGACAAGACCAUGAGUACUGAAAUCCUGGACAACCUACCAUGUAGUACCUGUCCAAAUUUUGAUAUCCAGUCGAUGAAACACAAGUCUUUUUUUGCGUCACAGAAACAUUGUCACUGAGAUAAAGUGGAACUUUGAGCACCAAAUCCAACAUGGGAAAAUGGGUUACCAUAACCAGAGCCUGACCCAACGAUCCUGUGUUUCUAAACAAUUCAGCACAGCAUGUGCUACCUCCUGACAGCUAUGUCUUUAACUGAGUGCAGGGAAUUGGAUUCAAGAAUCUAGGACACUAGCGCAUGUGAAUGUCAAAUAAUUUAUCCACCUUUUCCGGUUUGAACUGCAAUCCAUUAGAUAUCAGUGCAUUAACUUCA